AGAGGUAACUUGGACUAAGCUUGAUAAAUUCAUCAGCAGCAGAGAGGACCAAGAAGAUAGAGGACAGUUAUUUGACGGAAAGUCCUGAAAAAUUCAGAAAAGUAUGGCAGCAUGGGACUUGUCAGUCACUGUGGAAGACCUGGGCCCUGAUGCUAAGCCCAUUGUUGUCAGUGUGACCUCUGACCUCCACAUAGGCGGUGUCAUUCUAAAAACCGUGGAAAAAUGUCAAUUAAAUCAGGAUUGGUCAGACCAUGCCUUAUGGUGGGAGCAGAAGCAGCAGUGGCUCCUGCGAACAGCCUGGACGUUGGAUAAGUGUGGUAUCCAUGCCGACGCCAAGCUCAUCUUCUCCCCUCAGCACAAGCCUCUGCGUCUUGGCUUACCUAACGGGGUGACCCUGAGGCUCCGGGCUAGCUUCUCAGCACCUGUCUUCCACACUGUAAUGGAAAUCUGCAAAGUCCUCAACAUUCGUCGUCCAGAGGAACUGUCUCUGCUGCGUCCGGUGGAAGAGAAAAAGAAAAAAAAAGACAAAGAUUCUUCUCAAGAGGUCUACGACCUCACAGAUGUGCCUCUGCCCUCAGGUUCUGUCCCAUGCCUGUAUGAAGGCAUGCCAGCCCAUUUUGCUGAUUCUCCAAAGAAUGAAGCAGUGUAUAAGAUGCUAUCAGUAUGCCAACCCUCCCCUGCACCAGAGGCCAUCGCUAAACUGUACCGCCCAGCCAGCGUGGUGGACAAAACACACAUCCACACCAGGUGGUUGGACUCAUCACGUUCACUGAUGCAACAGGGAGUACAGGAGAAUGACAGGCUGUGGCUUCGAUUUAAAUACUACACCUUUCAUGACCUGGAACCUAAGUAUGACGUAGUGCGUUUGACUCAGUUGUAUGAGCAAGCUCGCUGGGCAAUCCUGCUGGAGGAUGUAGACUGCACAGAGGAGGAGAUGAUGCUGUUUGCAGCUUUGCAGUAUCACAUUGCCAAGUUGUCCCAGUCACCAACCCAGGAUACGACAACUGUUAAGGGGAUGGAAGACUUAGAGUCAGCCCUUCAAUCUCUGGAAGUGAAGAUGGUGGGGGGGGCCAGUACCAAUGACCUGCUGGAGAACAUGACUGCUCCUGAACUGAAUGACUACUUGAAAAUAUUUCGACCUAAGAGACUGACGCUAAAGGGCUAUAAACAGUACUGGUUCAAGUUCAAAGACACGUCCAUCUCAUACUAUAAGAGUCAAGAAGAUUGCUAUGGGGAACCCAUCCAGCAAAUGAAUCUAAAAGGUUGCGAGGUGGCCCCAGAUGUAAACAUAGCCGGACAGAAGUUCUGUAUUAAACUCCUCAUCCCAGCUCCAGAAGGCAUGAAUGAAGUUUACUUACGCUGUGAAAAUGAAAAACAGUACUCUCAGUGGAUGGCUGCUUGCCGGUUGGCCUCUAAAGGACUGACCAUGGCAGACAGUUCAUAUGAGAGCGAGGUAAAGAACAUCCAGACCUUCCUCUCUCUGCAGCGUACCAACCCUGGAGCAAACAGCACACAGACCGACGAGAGCAUCAACACACACAGCCUGGUCUCCCCACGCUACGCAAAGAAAUACAAGCCCAAACAGUUAACGCCACGCAUCCUGGAUGCGUAUCAGAAUAUAGCUCAGCUUUCCCUCACUGCAGCUACUCUGAAGUUCCUCCAGAUCUGGCAGGCUCUACCAGACUUCGGAAUAUCCCACUUUAUGGUCAGGUUUAAAGGCAGCCGUAAGGAUGAGGUUCUGGGCAUUGCUAAUAACCGGCUGAUCCGCAUAGACCUGAGUGUGGGAGACGUGGUGAAAACCUGGCGUUACAAUAAUAUGAGACAAUGGAACGUCAACUGGGACAUUCGACAGGUGGCGAUUGAGUUUGACGCUAAUGUAAACAUUGCCUUCAGCUGUGUGAACGCGGAUUGUAAAGUUGUGCACGAGUACAUUGGCGGCUACAUCUUCAUGUCUACUCGCAGUCGUGAAAAAAGCAACACACUUAACGAGGAGCUCUUCCACAAACUCACCGGGGGCCACGAGGCUCUGUGAACCCUCAACUAAAGAAAAGACUAGAGGUGUUUUACUGUUAUUUUUUUUUAACAGAAGCAUUCCAGGUGAAGAGGAAUACAUUCCCUGAUGCUUUUAAUAAGAUGCUUUUGCCAUGGAAGACCUUAUCUGAGUGCUGUCCAAUGAAACUGAACAUUAUUUUCACUCCC